AUGGGUGAUGGUACUAACAAUCGCUUUCCCAUUGACAGGAUUGCUAGUCUAGCCUUCUACAAUCCUUCAGUGGAAACUCAACGCGACCUUAUUAUUCGUUUCGUCACCGGAGAUAUCGUAUCAUUUGUGGAGUAUGGUCAAGUAACUCCUGCAUCAAAUACCACACUGAGGCCCAAGCAGCUUAUUACCGGGCUGCAAGACUGUAAACUCCCUUGUAGACAUGUGGAUGCGGAAACGUGGCCGGGACACUGGUAG